AUGCCUUGGGGUUGGGAAUGCAGAGCCAAACUAAUAAAACAGUUUCCUAGUAAGCCGACCGAACGCCGAGGGAAAGUUGGUGGUGAAAUAUCGUGUCCAGGCCCUCAGCAUUAUGAGACACCUUCAUUAUUUUGUGGAAAGGGCUACUCGAAAAUAGAACGCUCUCCAGCGUAUACCUUUGGACACGUUACACCUGUUAGUUUCCAGAAACCGUUGUUAACUCCAAAAGCUCCAGUUUUAGACAUUUCUGGUGCCAGUUCUAAAGGUCCUUAUAAAAUACGUCACGGAGUAGUUUCACCAAGAUUGGAACCACCAGGAGACAAGACGAAAACGCCAGGUCCCGGAGCACAUGCACCGAAGACCGAAAUUAGGUUCAGAAGACCCCCAGCAUAUAGCAUGAGACCAGCCGCUAAGCCUCCAUAUCAACCUUGGGAUCAAUGGACCCCACCACCGAACAUGUACCUACCGGCUAAGCCAACCAAAAAACCUCCAGCAUAUACUCUGGGCUAUGCAGCAAGAGAAGUAUCAGUGCAAUACAUGCCGGGCCCGGGGGAACACGAUCCUAACUUUAAUUUCGUAAAACGAAGUAAGCCCGCAUAUUCCUUUGGCGCACCCUACAAAAGUCCGAAGCCCAAAAAGGAGCCAUCGCCGAACGCAUAUUGCGCGAAAAAGUUUAUGUAUCCGAAACGGACAAUACCCGCGCCAUCAUUCGGUAUUCGUCACACACCGUACCUGGGUAAACAAGCGGAAUAUUUGAAACCUUCGCAAUUAAAUAUCGUAAUAAGUGGCGAAAGCUAA